AUGGCCACGGUCAAGGACCAGCUGAUUGAGAAUCUGAUCGAGGAAGAUAAGAUCUCCCAGCGCAAGGUCACCAUUGUUGGAGUUGGCUCUGUAGGCAUGGCUUGUGCCAUUAGUAUCUUGCUGAAGGACUUGACUGAUGAACUUGCCCUUGUUGACGUUGAACCAGACAAACUGAAGGGAGAAAUGAUGGACCUGCAGCAUGGCAGUCUUUUCUUCAAUACUCCAAAGAUUGUCUCUGGAAAAGAUUACAGGGUAUCUGCCAACUCCAAAUUAGUUAUAGUCACGGCAGGGGCAAGGCAGAAGGUGGGAGAAACUCGCCUUGACCUGGUUCAGCGCAAUGUGACUAUCAUGCAGUCCAUCAUUCCUGGCAUAGUUAGUCACAGUCCUGAUUGUAAAAUACUUGUUGUUUCAAACCCAGUGGAUAUUUUGACAUAUGUGGUCUGGAAGAUAAGUGGCCUACCUGCAACUCGUGUGAUUGGAAGCGGUUGUAAUCUAGAUUCUGCCCGUUUCCGUUACCUAAUUGGAGAGAAGUUGGGUGUCCAUCCCACAAGCUGCCAUGGCUGGAUUAUUGGAGAACAUGGUGAUUCUAGUGUACCGUUAUGGAGCGGGGUGAAUGUCGCUGGUGUUCCUUUGAAGUCUCUGAACCCUGACUUAGGAACAGACUCCGACAAGGAGCAGUGGAAAAGUAUCCAUAAUCAAGUUGUGCAAAGUGCCUAUGAGGUCCUUCGGCUGAAGGGGUACACAUCUUGGGCUAUUGGACUGUCUGUGACAGAUCUGGCAGGAUCAAUGCUGAAUAACCUCAGGAGGGUGCAUCCUGUUUCCACUUUGGUUAAGGGCUUUUAUGGAAUAAAGGAAGAAAUCUUUCUCAGCGUCCCUUGUAUCUUGGGGCGCAGUGGUGUCUCAGACAUUGUGAAGGUUAACUUGAGUGCUGAGGAGGACACUUUUCUUAAGAAGAGCGCAAGUACACUUUGGGAUGUCCAGAAGGAUCUAGUGUUUUAG